GAGAGCUGCGAACAGUCAGUCCUCGGCCAUUUGAUCUACUGGAGUUGAACGGACGUAAAGACGCGGAUCUAAACCGCACCUGAUCUCUGUGCGCCCGUCAGGUAAACGCUGAACCGAGACUAUUCAACGUUUGGACACUUUUCAGUGCAGCUGACUAAAAGCACAGUAUUCACCAUUACUACUUCCUCCGACCCCCUCGUUUUCCAGCACCAUGAGUGGUCAACCGAGGAGGAUCCGUCUGAAGCCUUGGCUCCUGGCACAGAUUAACAGUGGGAAAUACCCAGGGCUACACUGGCUCAAUCAAGAGCGCAGACUGUUCCGGAUCCCUUGGAGACAUGCCACCCGCCAUAUGCCUACCCUGGAGGAGGAGAACACUAUAUUUAAGGCUUGGGCUCUGGAAACAGGCAAGUAUCAGGAAGGAGUAGACGAGCCAGAUCCAGCCAAAUGGAAAGCCAACCUCCGCUGUGCCCUAAACAAAAGCAGAGAGUUCGGACUCCACUACGAUGGCACUAAGGACACCCCCGUCCAGCCUUAUAAGAUUUACGAGGUGUGCGACCAGUCCGUCAAUGGAGAUGCUGGAGACGAAGAGGAAGAGGAGCUGCAAAACUUUGUCAAACUCUCCAUUGACCCUUCCAGCUACCCGGCUUAUCCUCCUAGAGUAGACGUUCCGUUCACCUCUCCCAUUGCCGACGGCUACAGUCCCGCCCACCAUAACCCUCAAAUGAACCUCUUAGGAGAAGUUGUCUCCAGUCGAGGUGCUUCUAUGACCUCCCACCUCACCCAGCCCAGCACUGGACCUUCAGCUGGUUCUUUACCUGAAUUUCCCAGUCACAGUGCUAUCAAAGUCGAGCAGACACCUUACCCCGUGCAUGCCGGGGGACUUCCGAACGGUCUGGGAAUGGGGACUGGAGUCAUACCGCCACCUGUUCUUCAAGAUGUAGUCACUCAUUCUGUAGGCCCUCCAGCCAUGGUGGACAGCCCAAUGCAAGAAGUGCCAGCUCAAGUGGAGAACCAGAUUCAUCCCUGCAUCUCGGAGCUGUUGAGCAGUCCGCACAUGUUACCCUUGACUGAUCUGGAUGUCAAGUUCCAGUACAGGGGUCGGACGGCUGGUUCUUUGACCGUCAGUAACCCUCAGGGUUGUAGACUUUACUACGGUAACCUGGCGCCCACACCAGAGCAAGUAGAGCUGUUUGGUCCGGUAACGCUGCAGCAGGUGCUGUUUCCAGGAACCGCUGAGAUCCAGAACGAGAAGCAGAGGUUUUACACCGAUCAUCUGCUGGAUGUGAUGGACCGAGGGCUGAUUUUAGAGAUCAGGGGGCAAGAUAUCUAUGCCAUCAGGCUUUGUCAGUGUAAAGUGUUUUGGUCUGGGCCAGGUGUGCCUGAGCAGGGUCCACCCAAUCCAAUGGAAAGAGAGAUGAAGAUCAGGGUCUUCAGUCUGAACAACUUCCUUCAGGGUCUCAUUUUGUAUCAGAAAGGAGAGGCGCCCACUCCACCACCUUUUGAGAUCUACUUCUGCUUUGGUGAAGACUGGCCAGACAGAAAGCCCAAGGAGAAAAAGCUCAUCAUUGUCCAGGUUGUUCCAGUUGUUGCAAGAAUCCUUACCGAGAUGUUUUCAGGCGAGCUUUCGUGGUCCACAGACAGCAUUCGGUUGCAGAUCUCCAACCCUGACCUGAAAGACCAAACGGUGGAGCAGUUCAAAGAGCUCCACAGACUUUUGCAGAGUCAAAACGCACACCCGACCUGGGCUCAAAACAUCCACUAACUGACAAAGGAAGCGUUUUUCCAUCACCGACGCCAUCUUGUUUCUUCCCUACUCAGAAUCGGAGGUCCUUUUGAACACUGGAAUAUAUAUAGGUGCCCUCAGUGAUGCCAUACUGAAAACAUUUCCAUGGGAGACCAAACUUGACAUUUCCCUCCCUACGUUUUUUUGUCUUCAUGUAAACUUGUCUUUUAAAAUGUUAUAUUUCAAUAAAUACCAUUGCAGUAUUUUAAAUGGUUGCUGGCAUGAUCAAGUUACCACAGUAUGGUUUGAACAACGUAAGCUUGAAAUAAGCCAUCACUCAGAUUUAAGCUUCAUAUUUUUGCAAACAUUACAAUAUCUGCUGACCUCAUCCUACAGGGUCCAUGCCAGUAACAUGAACCUGUCGAACUUGAACGGAGGAUAUGACUACGUACUUAACUACAUAACGUUCAUUUAGCAAAUUGGACGCGGGAGGGGUGACCCGAGGGUUUACACGUGCAAUUGUGAGAAACGCAUGAUUGCAGGGCCUUCGAAAAUCUCAGACAAUAGAGGAGGGUUCGAUUUACUCUAUGACUCAGAAAAUGAGACCUGAAGGACUCAUGUAGGUUUCUUAAAAUGAAACCUGGUCAAACAGGUUCUGAGAGCUGCAGAAAGAGAAUGCAAAUCACUCCUCAAACACACGAGUGCAUCUGAAAUGAUAGUCGAGACUAAGAUUAGUUUGUUCCUCACAAUGUUGGUUUUAUUUGUUCAUACAAUCGGCCGAGGACGAUCUCUGCGUCUCUUGAGAUGUGCCAAUAUGGUGAAAGAACAAAAAAAAAAAAAAAAAAAAAAAGCCCCUGCCAGUCAGUCCACUCCAUAAUUUACAGCAUAACCUGUACGGAUAAAAUCCCAGCCAACUUUUUAAAAAGAUCAAGGGUGAUGCACACUCUCCCAAGAUUCUCCCUUUGCAAAUGUCCCAUGGGCGCAGACUGCUGCUGUGACAAUCUUUCGUUUGGUAAUGGUUUUUAUGGCACUGGCAGCAAAGCCAUAUCUUGAUCUCUAAACACACGUCCAUGAAAAUAAAUCUCCAUUUUUGUUUUUAAAAACGUACAAGUCUCUCUUUUUUUUUUUAA